AUGAGCUUCCUAUUAUGGCUCUCUACCCUUCCGAUUAUAAGCUAUGUCUUGGAGCUUAUUAAACAUAUUUUAAUCAGAUCCUUGAGAACAGGUAAUCUACCCAACCAUAUUGCAUUCAUCAUGGACGGUAAUAGAAGAUAUGCCAAGCAGCAUAAACUCCCUGUCAGCCAAGGUCAUAACAUGGGAUCUGAAUCACUAGCCUCUAUAUUGGAGCUUUGCUAUAAAUUGAAUAUUCAGGCAGUAUCCAUUUAUGCAUUUUCCAUAGAAAAUUUCAACAGAUCUAAAUCAGAGGUGAACUAUCUUAUGGAUUUGAUCCAAAAAAAGUUGUCACAAAUACUGGAACAUGGUGAUUUGGUAGACAAAUUUGGCAUUAAGAUUAUCUUUUCUGGAAAUAAAUCGUUUCUACCAAAAGAUGUUUAUGAUACGUUCAAAGAAACGGAAGAGCGAACAAAGAAUAAUGGGAAUGUCAUACUAAAUAUUUGUUUCCCAUAUACAGCUAGAGAUGAUAUAACUAGGUCUAUCAAGAAGAUAGUAAGUGAUGUGAAACAGGAUAAGCUUGAAGUUGAAGAAAUCAGAGAAGAGACUGUCUCUAACAAUUUAGACACUAAGAGCCUACCACCUCUUGAUUUCAUGAUGAGAACUAGUGGUGUUAGGAGAUUAAGUGAUUAUCUAUUGUGGGAGAUUACUGAUAAUGAUGCGGAAUUAGAACUCCUAGACAUUUACUGGCCAGAACUUAACCAAUUGAUUUUGACAUGGUCUAUAUUUAAAUGGUCAUUUAGGAAAACCUCACUCAACGAUUUCUUCAAACAAGACAAAGCUAAAAUUGAGUGA